UCCAUUCUUACUAAUUAAAAUUAAAAAUGACACAUCUCAUCUUUUCUUAAAUUUCUAAGAAUAUUAAACUGCAGCUAAAUAACAGCUAUUUUAUUUUUCACUAUUUAUUUGUAGAACAUCCGUGAGAUCCUCAGUGCCUCCCCUGAAGGUAGACCUGUGGUUAUCAGUCUUGAUGGAAAUCAGCAUAUAUCCAUUCGUGAAAGACGGUGCAUGGUCAGAACACUUGUGUCACACCUGAUGGAUCAAUAUGGAGAAAACCCAUCUUCAGACACUAAAGCAAUUUUGGCAUCUUCGAUUGUGGACCAGUUUCCAUGUUUAAGAGACAGCCAUGGCACAGGAUAUGACGCCUGGUUUACCCGCGGAAGACAACACAGGCCAGCAACUGGCUUUCUGGAGGAGCGUUUCCGUAAUGUAAGGAAAAGGCAUCAACCAAGGAAGAAGAUGCUUUCAGCCCCAGAAGCUCCACCAAAAAGAUCAAGUUUGCCUGAACCAACCAUCAGUGCUGAGCGUGCCAUCCAGAUGACAGAAUGGCUAAAAAAUAACUUCUGGCCCGCAGACCAGGUUGUCCAAUACAUGCGGGAAACUGCAGUAUAUCGCACAGGAUGGAUCCGCUCAAGUGGGACAAUCCCAAUGCAGCAGAUUUUUGCAGAGUUCCCACGUUUGUUGGACACACCAGGGAUGAUUUUGCAGGACUUUGCUGUUUUAUAUCCACAGUCUUGUGGAAAACUGACAGAGAACUGGAACACCUUGUUCUCAUCAAAGGUCAUUCGCAUGGGGAAGAAGGAGGAGAGCGGUCUUCUGCCUGAGAUUGAGUUGCUUCCACAAGACAAACAAGGUGACGUGGCACUGCAGCUGCUGCCAAAACUCCUCCCUGCUGUUCCCUACAGAGUUGGGCGAAAGGUGGUCAGACCCAGCAACCUUGAAGUCCAGCAAGCCUUCAUUGAUGUCCAGCCAAUUGGGACAAAUAUGGUGGAAUAUCUUGGAAGUACAGCAACAGAGCAUUCACGUGUUCUCAUGAUUGGGGACAGGUAUUGUUGUUCCCAAGCAUUUGUCGUCAUAAAUGGAACUGCUUUGGAAUAUCCAUCUCUUUUGGGGGCCGUUGACGGCUGUUUCAAAUCAUUCUUCGUUUUUGAUGUGAGUUAUCCGAAGUCGUGUAUCCAGACUUGGGAUUUUCUCCAAACUGUGAUAUAUGAAAUCCCAGGAAACGAGUCACCCCCGAUAAAAUUAAUGAGGGCACAGUUGGAGGCCAUGGAAGAAUAAAUGCAAUUCUUCAAUAACCCUUAAAUAAGUUUUAAAUGUUCUGAUU